CUCCUUUAUAAAAUAGACCCACACAAAACGAAGAGUCGAAGACCACCAAUGCUUUGCUGAGCCAUGAAUCAAAUUUCGAAAAUCUCUCAUUGAGCGGGAAAAAUCCAGCAUUAGGUUUCAUUCUCACUCUCUCUCGAUAUCAACAAGCCUAGCGAUUUCAAACUACAAAAUCGAAGAAAUCAUGGCAGACGAGACGAGAAGCAACAGGAGGCCACAGAGCCUCAACGAUCGUCAUUAUCGCCUCCUCCAAGUCCUCUCAGCUCCUCCCAAAGAAAAACCCAUGGCGUCUUCUCAGGAAGAUGUAGAUGAUAGUAUUCCUCAGUUCUGUGGUAUCACUGAUUUCGAUUCUUCUCCUUCUAGCGGUGAAAUAGAGAAGCUAUCAAUUGCCAAGCAAGAAGCCAGUCGACUGUUCCAAGCUGAAUCCGAUGAAACUCGCAUUGAUGUUGAUGGAAUUCCUCAGUUCUCUGGGAUAACCGAUUCUGUUUCUCCAUUCACUACGGGGGAAGAAGAGAAGCUAUCAAUGGUCGAGCAAGAAACCCAUCAACUACCAUUCAAAGCUGAAUGGGAAGAAACUCACAUUGAUGAUGAUGAAGAAGAGAAGCCAUCAAUGGCCAAGCAAGAAGUCCGUCAACCAGCAUUCAAAGCUGAAUCCAAAGAAACUCAUAUCAAUAAUGAUGGGCAGAAGCCAGUGAAGACUAAGAUCCAAGGUAGACGCCGACUCUGUAAAUUCUCAUCUUCAGAUGAGAAUAGAGCCGAAAGUUUGGUGGUUCGAGAUGAACCUCAUUUUUCUGAGAUUACUGAUUUUCAUUUGCCACCACUGGCACAAAAUAUAAGCAAGAAUAACAGUGGGGCCACUGAAAUUAGAGAUAUUCUUAAUGAUUUGAGCUCAAGGCUUGAGAUCUUAUCAAUUGAGAAAAAGAGAAUCCCAAAAACUGUUGAGCUAGUUGAUGAUUUUUCGGAGUUGGAUAAAGAUGAAGUUCAUACAGAGAAGAAAGAUGCUGUGCCUGUGCUUGACUACGCAAGUGCCGAGUCUUCGUUUUCUCCCACUGAUCCAUCUGGUUCCUCUUCAGAUGCUACUAAGAUAAUUGGAAGCGCUGUUAAUUAUUUGGUGGAUGGGUAUGAGAAGGACAUCAAUUCUGGUUAUGACAAUUCUACCAGCAGCAUACAUGGAACUGAUGGUAGAGGCAGUAAAAAGAAUGCAAAUAGAGGAGAAAAUGAGAAAUUGGGGUCUCCGCGACAAUCUCUUGCAUCUGAGGUUGCAGAACAGGGGAGUGGUUUACUGAGUAAACUUGAGAGUGAUAAUUAUGAAAGUAGCGUGCACGAAAACAAGAAAGAUAAUCAAAGGAUGAAGGAAAACGAACUCAAAAGUGUGAAUGGAAGAGUCAUGACUUCUGGUCAAUCUCCAUUUAUGUCAGAUGCCAGACAAGAAGAUGAUGAUAAUGACUGUGUUAUUUUGACUGGCAAAAAAUUGGUUGAAGAACUACCAAGGCAUGGCACUAAGAACAAAGAGGAUUCCUAUCACUCUAGUGUGGUUAAUGACUUUGACAAUUGCACAGAUAAAACUUUUUGGGAUGAAUGUUCUAUUACUUUGAAUGGCCCAAAAUCUACUUUCAAGCUUCCUGGAAAAAUCGCAAACGGGUUGUAUCCGCAUCAGCGUGAGGGUCUAAGGUGGCUAUGGUCUUUGCAUUGUCAAGAUAAGGGUGGAAUCCUUGGAGAUGACAUGGGUUUGGGGAAAACAAUGCAGAUUUGUGGAUUUUUGGCGGGAUUGUUUCAUUCGAGGUUAAUUAAGAGGGCACUCAUUGUGGCCCCAAAAACACUUCUUCCUCACUGGAUCAAAGAAUUAUCCGUUGUUGGGCUUUCUGGGAUGACUAGGGAAUAUUAUGGGACUUGUGCCAAAGCUCGACAGUACGAACUUCAAUAUAUACUUCAGGACAAAGGUGUUCUUCUAACAACUUAUGAUAUCGUGCGGAACAACUACAAGUCAUUAUGCGGGGAUCAUUACCUUACUCUCAUCAGUGAUGAUGAUAUCACUUGGGACUACAUGAUUCUUGAUGAGGGGCAUCUCAUAAAAAACCCUAGUACACAGAGGGCCAAAAGUCUGCUUGAGAUACCUAGUGCUCAUCGUAUUUUGAUCAGUGGCACGCCAAUACAAAACAAUCUUAAGGAACUAUGGGCCUUGUUCAACUUUUGUUGUCCUGGUCUACUAGGUGACAAGGACUGGUUUAAGGCAAAAUACGAGCGUGCAAUUCUUUGUGGAAAUGAAAAGAAUGCUACAGACAGGGAAAAGCGUGUUGGUUCAACAGUUGCAAAGGAGCUUAGAGAACGAAUCCAACCUUACUUUUUGCGCCGCUUGAAGAGCGAGGUGUUCAAUGAAGAUAAUGCUGAGACCGCCAAACUUUCUAAAAAGAAUGAGAUCAUCGUGUGGCUAAGAUUAACUGCUUGUCAGCGACAACUCUAUGAAGCCUUUUUGAAUAGUGAGAUAGUGCUGUCAGCUUUUGAUGGUUCACCUUUGGCCGCACUUACGAUAUUGAAGAAAAUAUGUGAUCACCCACUUCUCUUGACAAAAAGAGCUGCUGAAGAUUUACUAGAAGGAAUGGAUUCAAUUCUAAAUCCAGAAGAUGCCAGUGUAGCAGAAAAAUUGGCAAUGUACAUAGCUGAUGCUGCUGAAGGAGAUGACCUUGACCAAAAUCACAAUAUAUCAUGCAAGAUAUCUUUUAUUAUGUUACUACUGGAUAAUCUAAUUCCGGAGGGGCAUAAAGUUCUUAUAUUUUCUCAAACCCGCAAAAUGCUUAAUAUUAUCCAGGAAUUGGUACUGUCUAAAGGAUACAAUUUUCUCCGCAUUGAUGGUACUACGAAAGCUAGUGAAAGGCUGAGAAUUGUCAACGAUUUUCAAGAAGGUGUUGGGGCUCCUAUAUUUCUUUUGACAUCACAAGUUGGUGGUCUGGGCCUGACAUUAACAGAAGCAGAUCGAGUGAUCGUGGUUGACCCCGCAUGGAAUCCUAGCACGGAUAACCAAAGUGUAGAUCGUGCGUAUCGAAUUGGGCAGAAGAAGGAUGUUCUUGUGUACCGUUUAAUGACUAGUGGAACCAUUGAAGAAAAGAUAUAUAGAAAGCAGGUAUUCAAGGGUGGCUUGUUUAAGACUGCAACUGAACAUAAAGAACAGACUCGGUACUUUAGCCAGCAGGAUCUACGGGAGCUAUUCAGUCUUCCUAAAGAGGGGUUUGACGUUUCCCUUACACAACGGCAGUUACAUGAAGAGCAUGAUAGCCAGCAUAAAAUGGAUGAGCAUUUGGAAGCCCACAUAAAAUUCUUGGAAAGCCAAGGUAUUGCAGGAGUAAGCCAUCAUAGCUUACUGUACUCAAAGGCAGCACCACCUCAAGUUUAUCAGGAAGAAGAGGAAGAUUUGAGGAGAGAAGGUACUGCAUUUGUGGGGAAGUCAUCAUCAAGUAAUUCACUUAACCGAAAUGUUGACGGGGCUCAAUAUGCUUUCAAUCCCAAGGAUAUAAAGCCAAAGAAGAGUAGUUCUUCUCUGAGUCCCAGCAGUGCUGGUAAGCUGACUGAAUCAGAAAUCAAAGAAAGAAUUAAUCGGCUAUCACACAUUUUGUCAAACAAGGUUACAGUGUCGAGAUUACCAGAUCAAGGAGCAAAGUUACAAAAGCAGAUUGCAGAACUGAACUUAGAGCUUCAAAAGAUUACGAUACCAGAGGCAACUGAUAUAAAAGUCAUCAAUCUGGAUGACUUAAGUGGACAACUCGAAAGAGUAUUGAAUGUAUAACAAGUUAAUGAACAAGCAAAUGAAAGCAGGGUAUAAGAAACAGUUGAGCAGAUGCCUUGUUGGGUGUAGAUUGUGAACAGGGGCCAGUAUAACUUGGCUGCGUGCACUUGCUAGUUACUCGACAUGAGUGGUAACGUAAGUGCCUCUUUUUAAAUUGUUGGAUAUUUAUAAGCAUUUGACAGAAGCUUUGCACCAAAAAUGCAUCGUUUGUGAUGGGUGCCCUUUUUUUUGUUUUCUUUGGGCUUGUUUUAAAGCUUUUAUUAAGUGUUUCCUUUUUUGUGUAAACGAAAUUGAUUUUCAAUGAGUUCUCCAUUGAAUUAUACAAGAGUUGGUAUUAAUUUUA